UGCUUGCCCCGUCGGACUUUCAACCGCUCAUAUGAUGAAAGUGAGAGCCAGCACGUUGCUACAAAGUGACUUAUUCACGGUAAUGGAUUAUUCAUUCUGCUUGACUCGAGAUCUGGACAUACCUGUCAGCGUACGAAUUUCCAGCUUGGAAGGAACGCGGACGAAAAAGUCAUUCACAGAGCUACUUGAUAAUCCCGAGCUAAAAUUCGCUGGCCUCCAAGUGAGCGAUCACUCCGACCUAUAUGUCACCGUACAACUAUACGCAGAUAACAAGCCGCUGACAGUAUCAGUUCGUACCAGUUACAAGGCGUUCAAACAGCAGUGGAGGUGGAAUGAAUGGUUGGUUCUUCCCAUCAAAUAUCGAGACUUGCCUGCAUCAGCACAAUUAGUUAUCACCAUUUGGGACAUUGAGAAACCUCGCAAGACCGUACCAGUAGGAGGAACGACAUUUAGGCUCUUUGGAGAAUAUUUGACAAUGCGAAAAGGAAAGCACAAGUUGUAUGUAUGGCCAGGUAUAGAGGCAGAUGGAAAGAACGAUACAAGUACGCCAAGCAAACUUAAGACAACUAGCGAGCUGGAUCGUUUAGAAAGACUUGUGAAAAAGCAUGACGCUGGCGACAUUCAACCCGUCGACUGGCUGGAUGCUCUUGCAUUUCGACAAAUAGAGAAGAUACAUAAGGAGGAAACUGAGAAAUCGCAUGAUUUGCACCUCUACAUCGACUUUCCAAAGUUUGAUUUUCCACUUGUUUAUGGUGAAAUGGAGUGCAUACUACCAGAAUCAACUGGUUCUAUGAUUGGACAACCACUCACACCACAGCCAAAUGCAGCUAUUGCAAACGCUAUGAGCCAGCAAAUCAAUUUCGCCAUCGAUGAAGAUAAUAUAACCACCGCCCAGUAUCCUCCGACAGCGAUAUCACAAUUCAAUAUUAUUUUGGAUCAUGAAAUUCACAGGGAAAACCCCGUGGAAGCUAAACAUCGACGGCUGGUCCGAAGUCAUAGAAAUGGUCCCCUCGAUAGAGAUCUUAAACCCAAUCCCAAGAUUCGAGACGAACUUAAUAGUAUACUGUCGUAUCCCUCUACAAAAACACUCACAGCAGAGGAGAAGGAUCUUGCAUGGAAGUUCAGAUUUUAUUUGACAAGGGAUAAGAGGGCGCUGACCAAGUUCUUGAAGUGUGUUGUGUGGACCGAUCCUACUGAAGUUCGACAAGCUGUAGACCUGCUUCCACUCUGGGCAGAUAUUGAUGUUGACGAUGCCCUGGAGCUUCUAGGAAAAGACUUUGCAAAUCGACAUGUUCGUGCUUAUGCUGUCGGCCAGCUCAGAAAAGCAGAUGAUGAUGAUUUGUUACUCUACCUCUUACAACUGGUACAAGCCCUCAAAUUUGAGAGGAUAACGGAUAACGGCCCAAUUUCGUAUGACUCUUCCCUGGCACAGUUCUUGAUAGAUAGAGCCAUAAGAAAUCCAAUUUUGGGCAACUACUUUCACUGGUACCUUAUGGUAGAAUGUGAAGAUAAGGUGGUUGGAAGAAUGUAUGCAAAAGUAGCAUAUCAUUAUUUGACGGCCAUUUUGGAGGUGCCAGGCGGUCACCGAAGACGGGACAUCCUCAGGAGACAAGGCGAGCUUAUUCAAAGGUUGUCCGAUUUGUCCAAAGAUGUGAGAGCCAUGAAGGACACUCGGCCCAAAAAGGUGGAAAAGCUUCGACGAAUGAUCGCCGAUGCAAAAGGUCCUCUUUUCUCGUUCACAACAUUGCCUUUUCCUCUCGAUCCUCGAUAUGAAGUUUGCAAAGUCAUCGCUGAAAAAUCGGGUGUAUUUAACAGUAAUUUGCAACCACUGAGGUUAACAUUUGCUACCCCGGAAGCCAUCGAGUAUCCAAUCAUUUUCAAAACUGGUGAUGAUCUCAGACAAGAUCAGCUCGUCAUUCAGAUCAUCACUCUUAUGGACAAACUAUUGCAGAAGGAAAAUCUUGAUUUGAGACUAACACCUUACAAAGUGCUGGCUACCGGACCCGAUCAUGGGCUUAUGCAAUUUGUACCAUCCAAGUCCCUAGCUGCUGUUCUGAACGAUCAUCAAAACAACGUUCUUUCCUUCUUCCGCCAGCAUCAUCCUGACCCUGGACCUGAUGGUAUUUAUGGUAUUGACAGUCAAGUUAUGGAGACAUACAUUCGGAGCUGUGCUGGUUACUGUGUCAUAACUUAUUUGUUGGGAGUUGGAGACAGACAUUUAGAUAAUUUGCUUUUGUCCCCUGACGGGUUCCUCUUCCACGUUGACUUUGGAUUCAUUCUUGGACGAGACCCCAAGCCGUUCCCGCCGCCAAUGAAAUUGUGCAAGGAAAUGAUUGAAGCUAUGGGAGGAGCCAACUCUCCUCACUAUGCAAAGUUCCGUCAAUACUGCUACACAGCCUUUACUACUCUCCGGCGUAACGCAAAUCUCAUUCUCAAUUUGUUUGCCCUCAUGGUUGAUGCCAACAUCCCCGAUAUCAAAAUCGAGCCGGAUAAAGCUGUCUUCAAAGUGCAGGAGAAGUUUCGACUCGAUCUCUCGGAGGAGGCGGCUAUCAGUUAUUUCCAAGGCUUAAUUGCAGAAAGCGUCAAUGCCCUGUUCCCCCAAAUUAUGGAGACCGUCCACAAGUGGGCUCAAUACUGGCGACGAUAGACAUCGCAAUUUUUAUUUUUUCGCUGUAGAAAUUUUUAUUGCAUAUAAUUCGCUUUUACUAAAUAUGAUAAUAGCAUUGUAAAAUUUAAUUCAAACAUGAACC